CACACGCCUCAGCCGUUUAUACAAUUUAGGGAAGUGACGAGGGUUGUCAGGAGCUAACUGCGCCUUUUCAUCCAAAAAGUUCUAAUGAGAAAGAACAUGAAUGGAAUCGUCGGUACGAAUUGAGAACGGAUUGUUAUAACAGGGCCAACGGUAACGGUGAAUGUUUUUGGACCUCCACACACAAUCGACGAAUAAAUAUUUUUUUUUUACAGCCAACAAUGAAUGUGCAAUUACCUACAUCUGCAACAUGGCUGCUAGGAGAACGCUAGUGGGAAAAGUUUAGAGUACUGACGUGGGAGAAGUUGUCUAGUAAUCUAGUUCAGUGCUGCAGAAAUUGUUGGAUAAGCAACGUUUUAUCCCCCAUUUUUUUUCUUCUUCUUCUAUCGCCUCGGAUUGAACAAACGAACGGAACACUGGAUUACGGAGUCAACGCAGAGGAGUGCAAGACCACUUUCGCAAUAGACUUUACCUUCUAGAUUUGUGGUGCCCUUUUCAUCCAAAAAUAGUGGUCCUCUCGUCCAGUGGUCCAUCUAAAAAUGCAUUUCUCCAUUCCCGAAACGGAGGUUCGUUCGGGAGAAAAUGGAUCAACUUAUGUGGCAUUCAACAUCCAUGUGAAUAGCGUUCUGCACUGUCAGGUACGCUACAGCCAGCUGCUCGGCCUGCACCAACAGAUAAAGAAAGAAUAUGGUAACAACGUGGUACCCGCUUUCCCCCCAAAGAAGAUAUUCACGCUGACGCCGGCCGAGGUGGAGCAGAGACGAGAACAGCUGGAGAAAUACAUGCAAGCUGUGCGACAGGACCCCAUGCUCGGAGCCAGUGAGAUGUUCAACAGCUUUCUAAGGAAAGCCCAGCAGGAGACCCAGCAGAUUCCAACAGAAGAGGUACUUCUGGAGAUCUACCUGUCUAAGAGGCAGAAGGUCACGGUCAACAUCCUGACCUCUGACCAGACAGAGGACGUCCUCGAGGCUGUUGCGUCGAAGCUGGACCUUCCAGACGAUCUUGCUGGUUACUUCAGUCUCUUCCUGGUUCGGGAAGGAGUGGACGGGGGCUUAACGUUUGUGAGGAAGCUGCAGGAUUUUGAGCUGCCGUACGUAUCUGUCACCAGUUUACGGAGCUCGGAGUUCUACAUCGCCCUUCGUAAAAGUUACUGGGACACGGCGUAUGACAGUGAUGUAAUGGACAACAGAGUGGGACUGAACCUACUGUACACUCAGACUGUGUCUGACAUAGAGAGAGGCUGGAUCCUCGUUAACAAGGACCAGCACAGACAGCUGAAAUCACUGCAGGAGAGAGGAUCCAAGAAAGAAUUCAUUAGGCUGUGCCAGACGCUGAAGUACUUCGGCUACAUACAGUUUGACCCGUGUGUGACAGACUUCCCGGAGAAGGGCUGUCACGCGAUCGUCUCCGCUGGCAACAACGAACUCAACUUCCAGGUCAAGCUACCCAAUGAGCAGAUGAAAGAGGGGAGCUUCAAGGUCACGCGCAUGAGGUGCUGGAGGGUCACUUCCUCUGUCCCGGUAGCCAACGGAACAGCCUCCACCUCCCUCUGCUCCUCAGCCAAGUGUGAGGUGAAGUUGGAGCUGGCCUUCGAGUACCUGAUGAGCAAAGACCGUCUCCAGUGGGUCACCAUCACCAGCCCACAGGCAAUCAUGAUGAGCAUCUGUCUGCAGUCGAUGGUUGAUGAGCUGAUGGUCAAGAAAUCAGGAGGCGGCAUCAAGAAGAUGCUGAGGAAACGUCCCAACGGCUCCCUCCGCCGGUCUGAAAGUCAGCAAGCUGUGAAAUCACCCCCUCUACUGGACUCCCCUGACCCAGACCGGGAACAGAUAGUCAAACUCUCAACCAAGCUGAGCUCUGUGUCACUCAGAGGGAUCAGCGCCUCCAACUCGGCCAACGACGUCAGCGGCAACGAUUUCCAUGGCAACUACGCCUUUGAGGGGAUCGGGGACGAUGACCUGUAAUAUUCAACCUCCUCCUCCUCCUGACUAACGCGACCCGCAAAGAUGCCGAGCCGAGCUGAGCCAGGCAGAAAUGAGUUUGUCCGGUUUGUGAUCGGAGCCCUUCCCGUGGGUCUGCUACCAACCAUAUCUUCCUGUUUCAUCCUCUCCAUAAAAGGCUGCAUCCCAAACGACACCCUGUUUACUUACACAGUGUGGCACUUUUGAGCAGAGUCCCGUUGGCCAUUUGGGACACAGACAAAACUGCCAUCUAUCUCAGUGGUUUGCACCGUGACACACUUUAAUGUGUGAUACAAAAUAUAUAUUCGGCACACCUAAAAUAUCCCUAUAAUUUGUUUGGGGGGGUUGUGAUAAUGACCUCCAUCUGACCUGAAACAUACUGCAAAUCAUCUAUUUUCUGUGACAAAUGUGUUUUAUAGAUUAAAUAGGGUUAAUUUGAACUGUUUUCAUAGUUCCUUACUCAUGAUGGUUAAUUUGUGUGUACCCCUUUAAGAGAACCCACAACUAUAAUUUGUAUUCUUUCUCUCUGCUAAAAUAGGUCUUUA